UUUGCCAGAGGACGGCCCCCUAAAACAGCUCAAUGAGUGGCAAGAGAACUGGACUCCUGGUGUAGGAGCGAGGAGGACGGAGCUUUGGCUGAGGGUUGGUUUGUAGCAUAGAGGGGCACCACGUUUCAAAAACCUGCAAACUGCAAGCGAGCACGGUAGUAAUUGGUCUAUUGUAUAAAUACAGGUACCCGAAGAUUUUUUUCUGCAGCUGCAGCCUGUGAGGUGCAUCGGAUACGGUCGUGUCCGCCUUUUACACUGUCUGACUUUCACCAUGUGGAGCUCGUACGCCUCUGUGGUUCUGCUGCAGCUCAUUGGGACCUCUUUAUGCCAGUUCCCUCGACCGUGUGCCAACUCAGUCGGACUCCGGACCAAAGAGUGUUGCCCGGUGUGGGACGGUGACGGCUCAGCCUGCGGGGCCCUGUCGGGCCGGGGUUUUUGCGCUGAGGUGGAGGUCUCAGAGGAGCCCCACGGGCCCCAGUACCCGCACAGCGGGAUAGAUGACAGAGAGCGCUGGCCUUUAGCUUUCUUCAACCGGACAUGUCGUUGUGCUGGAAACUACGGAGGUUUUAACUGUGGCGAAUGCCGUUUUGGUUACUGGGGCUCAAACUGUGCUGAGUACAGGGAGUCGGUGCGCAGGAACAUCCUGAGCAUGCUGCCCGCUGAGCAACAGAAAUUUGUCUCCUAUUUGAACCUGGCCAAGGACACCGUCAGCCGUGACUAUGUGAUCGCCACGGCAACAAGAGCAGAGAUGGGUGAAAAUGGCGAGAACCCCAUGUUCUCCGACAUCAACACCUAUGACCUGUUUGUCUGGAUGCACUACUACGUGUCCCGGGACGCCUUAUUGGGAGGGCCAGGGAACGUAUGGACAAACAUCGACUUUGCACACGAAUCCGGUGCAUUUCUGCCGUGGCACCGGGUCUACCUGCUUCACUGGGAGAAUGAGAUAAGGAAGCUGACGGGAGAUUUUAACUUCACCAUCCCAUACUGGGACUGGAGGGAUGCAGAGUCUUGUGAGGUGUGCACCGAUGCUCUGAUGGGCGGACGCAGCCCCCUCAAUCCCAACCUCAUCAGCCCUGCUUCAGUCUUCUCCUCAUGGAAGGUGAUCUGCACCCAGCCAGACGAGUACAACAGCCGAGAGGCGUUGUGUAACGCCACCGGGGAGGGUCCACUGUUGCGUAACCCCGGCAACCAUGAUACCAACCGCACGCCGAGACUCCCCACAACAGCAGAUGUGGACUUCACUGUGGGCCUCCCCCAGUACGAGACGGGACCCAUGGACCGAUUUGCCAAUAUGAGCUUUAGAAACGUCAUAGAGGGUUUCGCCAGUCCGACCUCAGGUAUGGCAGUGCAGGGCCAGAGCACCAUGCACAACGCCUUGCAUGUCUUCAUGAACGGCUCCAUGUCCUCCGUGCAGGGUUCAGCCAACGACCCCAUAUUCCUGCUGCACCACGCCUUCAUCGACAGCAUCUUUGAGCGCUGGCUCAGAGCACACCAGCCUGUCCGGACCAACUACCCACAAACCAAUGCUCCCAUUGGCCACAAUGAUGGUCACUACAUGGUGCCCUUCCUGCCUCUCUACAGGAACGGAGACUACUUCCUGACCGACAAGGCUCUAGGGUUCGAGUAUGCCUACCUGCUGGACCCUGGCCAGAGGUUUGUCCAGGAGUUCCUGACACCUUACCUCCAGCAGGCCCAGCAGAUCUGGAAAUGGCUCCUGGGAGCCGGGAUCCUCGGGGUGUUGAUUGCCGCAAUCUUCGCCGCUGUGGUUAUUUCCGCAAGAAGGAAGUGGAAGCGUAACCAGAGGAAGAAGAGGGUGCCGAGCUACGGAGAGAGACAGCCGUUACUGAACAGCAGCUCAGAGGAAGGCUCGUCUUCAUACCAGACUACUCUUUAACGCGUAGAUACACUGCAUGUACCCCCGAAUGAACUGUUAGGGACACUCAGUAUUUUCAUGUGGCCAAUGCAUGAGCUGAAACCUGGUGCAAGUUAAAACGUUUCAUGGAUUUACCAAAAUAAAUCUAUUUAAUUUAUAAAGAUAUAUCACACAGUACAUAUGUUAAUACAAUGCAACACACGUCGGUGUGCAAAUGGAAAUGUCACGAGGUAUAGGCUGCCCUGCAGUUGUCUUGUGAUUAUUUGUACUGUGACUUUGAGUAUGUUUAAUGUCUACUAAAAAAAACUACUCAGGAGUCAAUGACAGCAACAGCAGUGUGGAUAUUCUCUCCUUAGCAACUUUGCUCAAUGACAUGAAAACACAGACCAUCCUGAAACAUCAUUCUAAUCGUUCUGCGUACUAGACCCACACCAUAGGGAAGUGCUAUAACUUACCUGUGGGCAGAGUCGUAGCUCAAUGAAAAUUAAGUAGGAAAGGAAUCAUUUCAGAUGUUCAGGUCUCCAGUACUGUAGCGCUAAUGACAUGCUCGGCCUCGAAACGUCUCAAUAUUUUCCUCUAUUCAGUGACGCUGAGAUUUCCUGCCACUGUUACACUCUAUGAUGAGGUAAAUGGUUGAAGAGUAAGUGUCUAUAAGGCUCUGUGGUGUGUUAGCAGUGGUGCCAAAGGACCACAGUGUGCCAAGAGGACUGUGAUCUCUCACAGGCAAAGACAACGUGGGUGGCAUCAUGGAAGCAAAGUUUUUACAUGCUGCAUUAAAAUCAGACCAAUAAGA